AUGGUUGAUACAAGACAUACAAAGAGUCACACCACCACGGCGGGCCCGUCUCACGGUUUCGUGGGGAAAACCUCAACGCAACCGCACGGAAUAGUGGCUGCCAACGCCUUGCAGCCGUCUCCUAAUGCCUUGCAGCCACCUUCAUCUACUGGAAUUGCAGAACAGCCGCCACAUGACCCUGUAACCUCCACAGCCUUGCAGCUGGAAGCGCAGAUUGCCGAAGUUGCUCUGCCGCGCCAUUCUGCCAUUGGAGCACAGCAGCAACUGUAUCACUCAGUUGCCGAAAUUGCAGCACAGCCCCACGGUUACUUCGACGCCUUUCCAGCCUUGGAGCAUAUCUAUUCUCUCCAUCCUCUGCAACCAUACUUGACGUAUGCACUUGUGUACGCAUCCAAUGGAGCCCUAGCCCAUAUGCCGUUGGGCCUGAUGAACACUACUCUACUUGACCCGCGCAGUGAGGUGGACCUUAACUCACGAGUUGAUUAA